UAUUAUCUUACCGAAAAUUUCUGUAAAGUGAUAUUGAAAAAAAAAAAAAUUAUCUACAAUCAAUAACAGAAUACUGAUGCAACUAAAAAGCUUUCGUUGAAAACAACUUGUAUCAUUCAUUAAAAUGUCUCUAAUGUAUAUUCUAAUAGCAAAAUUAUGGUAAAUAAUUAUAUUAUUAUCAAUACAUUUUUUUUGUUGUUGGUUUGAUUACUAUUAGUAUUUAAUCGGAUGAGAAAUUUAAAUAAUUCGUAGUCAACAAGCACAAGACGAAACAUGGCAGCAACUCCAACCACUUUAGUCCUUUUCUCAGAGGAUAGAAUAAUUCUACCAAUAAAAAGUCUCUAUGCUGUGGCUAAGCAUCCCUUCCAAUAUGGUGUGAAGGAUAUCUCUCAGAAGGUUGUAAAAGUAAUUGUCAACCUUACCUAUUCACCGAGAGCGGCCACUCUGGAAAAAAAAAAUCGGAAUUUUGCCAGUGCGAUAUAUGCGAACCAAAAUCGACAGCGAGGAGGAAUUCAAGCUCCUGGAACAGGUGAUGAAGAAAUUCAAAUUCAACCUGUGUUGGGAGCUUUCCCAACGCAACUUUCCUGCGCUGCUUGUGAACUUUGUAUUAGUUAUAAUUAUUAUUAUCAAAUAGGUUCUGGUUGUCAACUGUGCAUUUUGUUGUUCUCUAUGGAAAUAUGAAUUAUUAUUGUGUUCAAUUUUUUAUUAUUAUAUGCAUAUUAUAUGCAAUUGUAUAACUUUUAUGGUGCUCUGCCCUCGACGGCAUCCCAAUUCAUUUUAACAUUUGAUUAUUAUUGAAAUGACGAAGACUAUUAUUAAAAAUGGAAUUUAACACAGCAGUAACAGAUUGCAUGUUUUAUUACUUGCUAGCAGCCAGUGAUUAGUUAACUGAAGCAAUGUGAGUUCUCUACAAACCUGCUUGUCGAAAACCUAAAGGAGGGGUCCUCCUCCCAACUACAGCAGUAACCCAAGCGUUUGCGGAUACUCCCUGGAGAUAAUUAAUGAGUGAUGAAAUAUAUCCUACCGAUAAAGAUGAUAAUGAUGAUGAUGUGGAAGAGGCACAGCAGCAGCAGCAAACCUCAGCUAG